AUGGAGGCUGCCCCAGAGACAGAGCUGCCCCGAGAAAGAGCUGCCCCGAGGGCGGAGGCUACCCCAGAGACAGAGCUGCCCCAAGCAGAGCUGCCCUGGAGACAGAGCUGCCCUGGAGACAGAGCUGCCCCGAGGGCGGAGGCUGCCCCGGAGACAGAGCUGCCCCCGAGACAGAGCUGCCCCGAGGGCGGAGGCUGCCCCGGAGACAGAGCUGCCCUGGAGACAGAGCUGCCCGAGGGCGGAGGCUGCCCCGUGGACAGAGCUGCCCCGAGGGCGGAGGCUGCCCCGGGGACAGAGCUGCCCUGGAGACAGAGCUGCCCCGAGGGCGGAGGCUGCCCCGAGGGCGGAGGCUGCCCCGAGACAGAGCUGCCCGAGGGCAGAGGCUGCCCCGGAGACAGAGCUGCCCCGAGGGCGGAGGCUGCCCCGGGGACAGAGCUGCCCCGAGACAGAGCUGCCCUGGAGACAGAGCUGCCCCGGAGACAGAGCUGCCCGAGGGCGGAGGCUGCCCCGGAGACAGAGCUGCCCCGAGACAGAGCUGCCCUGGAGACAGAGCUGCCCCGAGGGCGGAGGCUGCCCCGGAGACAGAGCUGCCCCGAGACAGAGCUACCCUGGAGACAGAGCUGCCCUGGAGACAGAGCUGCCCUGGAGACAGAGCUGCCCGAGGGCAGAGGCUGCCCCGGAGACAGAGCUGCCCGAGGGCGGAGGCUGCCCCGAGACAGAGCUGCCCCCGAGACAGAGCUGCCCCGAGGGCGGAGGCUGCCCCGGAGACAGAGCUGCCCUGGAGACAGAGCUGCCCGAGGGCGGAGGCUGCCCCGUGGACAGAGCUGCCCCGAGGGCGGAGGCUGCCCCGGGGACAGAGCUGCCCUGGAGACAGAGCUGCCCUGGAGACAGAGCUGCCCCGAGGGCGGAGGCUGCCCCGAGACAGAGCUGCCCGAGGGCAGAGGCUGCCCCGGAGACAGAGCUGCCCCGAGGGCGGAGGCUGCCCCAGAGACAGAGCUGCCCCGAGACAGAGCUGCCCUGGAGACAGAGCUGCCCCGGAGACAGAGCUGCCCGAGGGCGGAGGCUGCCCCGGAGACAGAGCUGCCCCGAGACAGAGCUGCCCUGGAGACAGAGCUGCCCCGAGGGCGGAGGCUGCCCCGGAGACAGAGCUGCCCCGAGACAGAGCUACCCUGGAGACAGAGCUGCCCUGGAGACAGAGCUGCCCUGGAGACAGAGCUGCCCGAGGGCAGAGGCUGCCCCGGAGACAGAGCUGCCCGAGGGCGGAGGCUGCCCCGAGACAGAGCUGCCCGAGGGCAGAGGCUGCCCCGGAGACAGAGCUGCCCGAGGGCGGAGGCUGCCCCGGGGACAGAGCUGUCUCAGGGACCAGGAGCACAGACUUCACAGGGCCCUGCUGGGGCUGCGGAAAUACUCUGA